GUACUUUGCUUUCACCACAAUGCUAAAUUGACUCGUGAUACUGCAAAAUGUGCCUUAUUGCGAAAAAUGGCUGACUGUCAUGGAGUUCCAUCUUUGAAAAAGUUGGCCAAAGCUGUUCUUGGUAUUGAUAUACAACAAGGAGAACACGACUCCAUCAUUGAUGCAAGAGUUGCUUUACGAUUAUACUUAGCUGUGAAGAAGAAGUGGGAAAAUGACAUUAAGCGUUAUCGUCAUUGA